CUCUCUUAACCCAGUGCGACUGAAAGUGAAGUUGCGUGUGUAUGUUUCUUUCGGCGCUAAGCCUUGCCCUUGAUCUCUAAACGAAGAAGAAAAGUAGCGGUCAUCAUUUUGUCGGUACGUAAACCGGGAUACUGGUAGUGCAAUCUGCUCGCCGGGCGAUGUUGGUGGAUGGACUGGCUGACACUUGUUCAGCCUCUGCGAUGAGCAGCGACAAUAGCAACGGCUCGUCCAACGGGAACUCGUCGGCCACACUGCCUGUUGUGUCGUCCGGGAGCGCAACGGGCGUGCUCGGUGGCUCAACGGGACCGGGGCCUCAGCCUGGAGGUCCCGAUGGAGGGCCUCCGACGUUCCCGGAUGCACCGGACACGAAGGAGGGCAUCGAGGAGCUGUGCCCCGUGUGUGGGGACAAAGUGUCUGGGUACCACUAUGGCCUGCUCACAUGUGAGUCGUGUAAGGGCUUCUUCAAGCGCACCGUGCAGAACAAGAAAGUGUACACCUGCGUGGCGGAUAGGAGCUGCCACAUUGACAAGUCUCAGCGGAAACGCUGUCCAUUCUGCAGGUUUCAAAAGUGCCUCGAAGUUGGAAUGAAGCUAGAAGCGGUCCGAGCCGACAGGAUGCGAGGCGGCCGCAACAAAUUUGGUCCCAUGUACAAACGCGACCGGGCGCGUAAGCUCCAGAUGCUCCGCCAGAAACAGCUCGCCCUGUCCCAAUGCCAAGGACCUGGAGGACCCCCCAGUUCGGACCCUCCAGGUCUUUACUCUCCCGAGCCCGGUCCCAUCAAGCAAGAGAUCCAGAUACCCCAGCUGAGUUCUUCUACGAGUUCCCCGGAUUCGUCCCCGUCUCCCUUGGCGGCCCUGGUCGGUCAACCCAUGGCUCUGUUGCCGCAGAAUAACCAACCGACGAAUAACAGCAGUGCGAACCAAGCUCCCCAACCUCCACCGACGUCUCACUACGGCGUGGAAAAGCCUCCGCCCGUCUGGUUGACGCAAGGGCCAGCGUCUCCGCCGAAAGCGGCGUUUCAGGGUGGCUUCGACGGCGCCCCUCAACUGGGCUCUGCGGCGAGUAAAGUUCCUCCUCUGGUGCGCGAGUUCCAGAAGAACAUGAUGGACGAUAAAGAAUGGCAGAGCCAACUCUUUGGAUUGCUUCAAAACCAGACGUAUAAUCAGUGUGAGGUGGACCUGUUUGAACUCAUGUGCAAAGUGAUCGACCAGUCGCUCUUUGCGCAAGUGGAUUGGGCGCGGAGUACCAUAUUCUUCAAGGACCUCAGGGUCGAUGACCAGAUGAAACUGCUGCAGCAAUCUUGGAGUGACAUGCUCCUUCUCGAUCACCUGCAUCAGAGGCUUCAUCAGGGACUACCGGAUGACACCACUUUACCCAAUGGGCAGAAGUUUGACAUUGUCUCCUUGGCCUUGCUUGGACUUCCUGCACUCGCAGACCAACUCCACCAAGUGGCCGCGAGACUUCGGGAAUUGCGCUUUGAUCCUGUUGACUAUAUCUGCCUCAAGUUCACCCUUCUCCUUAAUCCCGAAGUACGGACGCUUGGGAACGUGCGGUUGGUUCACGAGGCGCAGGACCAGACAAAGCAAGUUCACAUGGAGUACUGUGUCAACUGCUACCCACAGAUAACGGACAAGUUCCACAAGCUUUACCAGCUCCUGCCCGACAUCAAGAUGAUCAGCAUGGGGGAGAGGAGUACCUCUACUACAAGCACAUCAGCGGCAGUGCACCCACGCAGACCCUCCUCAUGGAAAUGCUUCAUGCCAAGAAGAAAUAGCACUGAAGAGAGAGCCAUCAAGCCACCACACCAUCAGGACCUUCAGGACGACAGUGUGCAGCGCCCCCUUGCAGUCGUACCGGGACCGCGGCGCAGUGGAUCCCACUAUGCUUUUGCCCAGUGAUGCUGCGGGUUGCUGGCACCCACAUCGGAUUUUUUAGGAAAUACUGGGUCUGCGAACUACUUGCUGCAAUGCAGAGAGAGAGGCUAUAUUACACAUAUUCGCAUAUAUAUAUACAUAUAUGUGAUAUACAUAACAGAGAGCAAUUUUAAGAGAUACUACGAUACACAUAUAUCUAUGGAGAAGAAACUGUAUAGUGUGCGAGGAGCACUGGACCUGUCCCUCUCGUGGUAGCUACAUCAGGUAGUGUCCGUGUCUGUGUGUCCGUCAUCUGCUGGUGAAGUGAGAGAAGCCACGUUAAUCGUUGUUGCAUGGAUGUGAGUGUGCGUGCACGAAUGGCUAAACCUUGUCAUGCCACGGGUUCAGGCCCCCGAGAUAGGACUCAGUUUCCAGCAGCAUCGAGUCACCCCGUCAGUUCACGCGUCACUGUUUCUGUUUUUUCAUCGCAUUUUUAUGUUGUCUUUCUCUUCUUUUUUUUCUCGUCAUCAUCGUACAGAAUCAUUGCGUUCAAGCGAUUCUCUUUAGCGCAAGACUGCAGUUCUAAAGCCAGCCCUCCACUGUAGUGUUCCGCGCCGAUUGUUGUUGUUGUUACGAAUGUUUGUGGAAGGGAAUGGUUGUGAGUUCGACGGUUUUGGAAGGCAUCACGAGUGGCGACCAGGAAAGGGAGGCUGUCGUUCCUUCCCCUUUCCGCUCGUAGAGUACGGGGAGUACUUUGAUGAAUGAAACACCACAACGUGCCUCGCCGGAGCAGCAGCAGGGUUCUACACAGGCAGUAUGGCGCCGAGAGAGAGACAUGUGCUUUUUACUUUUUGUGGAGAGAAUGGAAACCUGUAUUUCUUUUUGGUGGGGGAUUAAUUUAUGAUAAAUCUUGCUUGCUCUGGGUAGGACCUCCCCCCCCCCCUCCUCUUUUCUUUCUUUUGAGAUGCAAGUUUAUGCAGCGAGAUGUAGACUUUUUUUUAUCUCGAUUUUUCAGGAAGCAGGACGAGAAAAAUACUUACUUGUAAUUAUUAGGGCCACAGAAAAAGUAACUGUAGCAGCUCAAGUUAUUUGUUUCACUGAUGUGUUUGUUUGCUCCUUCUGCAUCUCUUGCUAUUCAAGAGCGUGUGUAAAUAUACCUCCUUUUAUAUGCCACCCUUGUCCUACUGUGUCGGAUGCCCCUCCCCCCUUUUUUUUUUACCACGCAAGUUCCUUCAUUGAGCAGAAUACAUAUAUUUAUACCAGUGCAAAAUUUCAUGCUUAUUGUUCCAUUCUAGCUGCUGUGCAAUACCUUUUUUUAAAGUACUUUUCUAGUUACACUUACCUCUCUUUGUCUUUACUCCGGUCGAUCGCUCCAGUUUCAGCACUUUACGUAAAGGCCGUCGGUGAAGUCCAUGAUUAAAGAGUUGGUUGUACCUUGCAUAGAUGUCUAAGGCUUUUGAUGAGAAAGUGAUAAGCGUGCCCGAAAGGAUGACAUUGUAGAAAGCACGUCUGACCUAACAAGAAUGUGCAGGUGGCAAACAUUGCAUGAGGGCGAGCCCCGAGAAGUAAAAAUCUCAUCAUCUUGGCUUCGGCGCCUGAGUUCUUGUCUGUUUGCUUCUGAGGUGACACCAAAACAUUGUAUAAAACACAAUGUGGAGAGCACACUGCCAACAUAGCUGCUGAAUGAAUGCUAACAUUAUUUCCUGUGUGGCAGUUAGGAAGGCUCACACUACUUGUGAUUGGCUCACUACUAUAAAUAAGGCUAAACAAAGGAACGUAUGCGGACUUGCUGUUCCCCUUCGGUGUCUCAAACUUUUCCCUUCUGGAGGAAAGUUUGCCACUAACAUGCAAUCGCUGGUUCCUGUAGCUCUCAUGCACAUGUAUCUGCUUUCAGUGUUUCAAAGCUGCAUCAAGAUGGUGUGCCGAUACAUUAUUUUCUUAAGCAGUUUGCUGCAGAUAGUAUUCCUGAUGACUGUUGCAGUGCACGACGUGUACGAACAAGCCGUUUCAGCAGCCAAUGGCCAAAUACGACUUCUUAUGUAAUGCUGGCAGCACAUACACACACACACAAGCGCACAAUUAACUGAUUGUUUUUGAAUGGUUACGUCACACAUUCUCGGCAACUUCGGUCUUCACCUGCACAACGUUCAUCAGGGGGUGUGUUACAAUUUGAAGAAGUGGUGUAACAUGCACAACAUUUCUUUUUUUUCUUUUUUUUUUUACACGACAAAACUUGUGAGACGGAAUUAUAACACAAAGAAGAAUAGCACAGAUAUAUAAAGUUGUUAUAAGGUGCCUUAUAUAAUGUUAAAUAGCGAUGUUGUCGUUGAAAGUAUCCCUACGCCUAUAUAGUUAGUGUUUGUAAGGCAGAUAAUGCCCCAAAUUUUCCCCCUUCGGCUUUUUUUUUUUUUUUUCGCAGUACGUCCGCGAGUGGCUAGUCAGCAAUAAUUGUACUGUAUGCAUGUGCACCUUCCUUCUUGGUUUUGUGAUUGGCUUCUGGGUACUGCUCUUCGCUUUGAUUUUCCAUGGGAUGCAAAUCAGACGCUGUUGCACAGCAGAAAAUUAAUUUAUACGCAACAUAAGUGCACCUUUUCUCCAAUCAGCAGCAUCCCUUGCAGAGUACGCUUUACGAAGGUGCACCUUACAAGAGUACAGUGUGCACGCAGGCAGAUCUUUCUCCUUCAAUAUAACUGUCAUUCAGCAAGCUGCAUAUAUGUGCAUAUUAAUGUGUGUGCUGAUCUCAGGCAGCGGUCGUUGUCUCGUCAUCAUGCCCUCGUACAACCUUUACCUCUGCAUACUUUACCUUUGUCACUGUGAUUGCCCCGGUUAUGACUGAGUGGUGACCGAAAUGAAUGUGCUGCAUUUUAGAGUAGAACACCCUUCAUCGUUAGAAUUGCAGCCUACAGUGGAACAUGAGUGAAAUUCAUUGUUGGAACUUGCAUUUUAACACUGCCUUCUUUUAUAUUGAAUCAAGAGUUCACAUCAUGUAUAAAGGAAAUGGACUGGUACAUUUAUUGUGAGCUCGUUAUGGUAUUGUUACGUUUGUGUGUUACUUUAUUGUGAUGAAAUGAAAAAGAGACCAAUUAGAUCAUUGCUUCUCCGCAGAAAAUACUGUAUGAGGACCUUUCACCCACUGUUUGAUCAUGUAAAUAAACUCAAUUGUUAUGUGA